AUGAAGCACAUUGCUAACGGCUAUUUUGCCUUGUUGUUAUUGGUUGCAUCAGUAAAUGCCGAUGCUUCUACCACACCGGAAACACCGACAAACGCUACAGUAAAACCCGAAAUACCGACAAAGGCUACUCAAAAUUCGGAACACCCGACAAAUUCUACUGAAACAUCCAACAAAGCCGGAAAUUCAACAACCGAAGUCAAAGCAGAUGAUGAUCGCUCAAAAAGAGCCAUCUACCAAAUACCGACAAUGUUUGGAAGUGCAGCAUAUAUGCCGUUGUUUGGCAACCGUGGCCUGCUAAUCACUUCAAAUGUCGGCGGGUUAUUCCGGCGUAGACCUGUGCUUGGCUACGGCUAUAACAAUUAUUACGGAAAUAAUUAUGGAUACAACAAUUACUACGGAGGCUACUACGACAAUAGUGUUCGCGUACCUGUGGCUUCCGGCCAAUUCACACGCUACUUCAAUUUGGGACGACCGGCCGGGCAGUGUCAAGUCAUCCGCUACUUGGGCUACCAAAUCGGCUACCCGUCAUACUACUGCUGGUGCUCGAACAUUGGAUACUUUACGCACCACAUGAGGACGAAUAACUACGCGCCGUGUGCGAAUAAUUUGCCGACCAAUGGAAUUGGUGCCAACUACCAGUGGACCCAAUACGCACGUUAUAGUUAUGGUUAUGGGAAA